ACAAAAAAAAAGGGUCCGGCGCAGCAUUUACUUCCCCCUCUCCGCACUGUACCCCUGUGUAAGGCGGGUGGGUCUGGUGUUUCACACGCAGCUUUAUUGCAAGCGGCUGGAGUGAUGAGCGGGGCUGCCUCCAGCCUGCGCAGUUACACGGAGCUCCCGGUCUGGGUAGUGGAGGAUCAUCACGAUGUGGUGCCAUACAUCUAUCGAGCGAUUGGCUCGAAGCAUUUGCCAAUGGAAAAUAUUGCCCUGGUUCACCUGGAUUCGCAUCCAGACCUCUUAAUCCCGAUCGACAUGUCGGCUGACAGUGUGUUUGAUAAAGAGCUACUUUUCGGAGACCUGAGUAUUGAGAACUGGAUCAUGCCUGUCGUUUAUGCCGGCCACUUUUCACAUGUUUUUUGGCUUCACCCGUUCUGGGCCCAGCAGAUCACCGAGGGGAAACACCGCUUCUUUAUUGGCAGAGAUUCUUCAACCAAAACAAUCAGGGUUACGAGUACAGAGAGCUACUUCCUGAGCGAUGGCCUGUACGUGUCGGAGAAGCUGCUGGAGAACAAGAAGGAGCUAGGAUUACAGGUCAUCACAAUAGACCCAGGGGAGGGGAGCCUCGAUGACGGUGAAAAGGAAGACGGAGCAUCGGCCACCAAGAAACCAAAAUUGGAACAUUUCACCAAUGGAGAGGGUUCGUCUGAGGCUGCGUGCACCACGUCAUCCAAAACCAACAAUCAGGGGUCCGAAUGCAAACCUAGUGAUGACAACACAUCCUCCAGUAGAGAGAGACAUGUGCAGAAAACCAGUCCCACCGCAACAAGCCCUGGAAACGAACAGCAACAGCAGGAGGAAAUUGUUAAGGAUCUCCUUCAUGUCUUUGACAAAAGAGAUGCCUACGUCCUGGACAUUGACUUGGAUUUCUUUUCAGUUAAAAACCCGUUCAAAGAAAUGUACACCAAGGAGGAAUAUGAAAUUCUCAAGCAGCUGUACAGUUUUACCAAACCCAAUUGGAAAGAGGAAGAUGAGGAGGCUUUGAUUGAUUGUGUGGAAGCUCGUACAAGACAACUAGAAGAUAUGGAAGCUGCAUUUGCAGAUUUGUGUGAAGAUGACAGUGAAGACAAUGUACAGAAAUGGGCGGCAAUCCCUGGCCUGGAAAGUCUUGCUCAGCUUGUGCGAAGCCUGAAGGACAGAUUGAGGACACCUGACUAUGAAAUGGUUCACCAGGCUGGAUUAACAUGUGAUUAUUCUGAACUGCCACACCACGUUAGCACUGAGGAAGAGAUAGACAACCUCAUGUCAUCUGUAAAACGGCUGCUUAAAAAUUUGCCCAGGCCAACUCUCGUUACGGUAGCAAGAUGCUGUGCAGAAUUGCUUGCUAAGUGGGUAUCUAACACUGACUGCGUCAUGUUUCAGGUCCAGUUUGGACGAUUACUGUCCUUCGGAGCAGGUGGACUCUAUUCAGGAGAGGAUGUUAAGAGUGCUGUGUUCCUGCUAUGGCUCUUUAGAUGUCCACUUAGAAUACUGAACGUGUCAAACUUCACCUCGUGCCGCCUUACUUGAGCCAGAAAGUAUGCACAGAUUAUUGUUUCAUUUUUGGAAGAGAACGCAAGAAAUAGGAGCAGCAGUAGACCACACGGCCUGUUGAGCCUUCUCCACCAUUCAGUAUGAUCAUGACUGAUCUUGGGCUUCAACUCCACUUUCUAAAGAGAAUUUUAUUUAAUAAAUAAAUUAUACUUUUAACAACAA